AUGCUCUGGGCAAUCUUACACGCCCGAGAACAAGCAGCAAAGGAGAAGGGCCAACCUGUGCGCUUUCGCAUGCGGAGAGAAGGACUCCCGACGAGUACGCAGCCGACGGGUCCGGCCUGUGAAAUGGUCAAACUGCUGGGAUUGCCGAGGAAUCCGCAAACGCUGGACGCCUUACUCCUGCCAUAUGUUACGGCUUUUCCGCACUAGUAUGCCCUUAGCGUCUUUCCAAGUAUCUAUGCAGUGGCAUUCUCGGGCAGUACUCUCCUGAGCUUAGUACCCGUGCCACCUUCCUGCAUACUUGUCAGAUGGCGCGCAUGCCUCUAAUGUUGUACCUCGAGAAACUCGGGACGGCUUGCGGAUGACGACCUUCAAGCGGUUCACGAAAACGGAAAAGCAAACCGAAAAGCAGGCCAGUCGUGGCGCCGACGGGGCUCACCACUGUAGUGGUGCCGAACAGGCUGGCGAGAAAACUGACGAGCAGAGCAGUGCUGGCGCAGGAGGUCACAAACGUAGCGGCGCCAAACCUGCUGCGUCCAACGGCUUGGGCGGCUUUCUUGCUAGUGAGCUAGGGACAGGAAACCGACAGGCACAGACCAACGGCCAAAAUAGAGGACGAGGAAAGAACAGCGGCAACGCGGUGACUGUCGAGCCAGCUGGGACCGUCCAAGUGCGAGUGACGCAAGACUUGGGGAGUUCGUGCUUGCUUUGUCACGCUGGUAACGUGUGGCGGCGGCAGCGUGAAAGCGCCAGGCGGAACAACUUACCGCCCCCUGCGCUUGUCCUCGUGGUUCCCGACUUGGUGGCCCCCAACAACAGCAACAACAACGACGGGCGACGCCUGUAAUGGUCGAGGUGUAGCAUCCGUGUAGUCUGCGGCUGUGCGGUAUUGUCUUUGACGUGUGGCACACACGCCUUGGGUUUGACUGUUUGCAAAUGACUCACCAUCCCUGUGACAAUGGGUGAAUGACUCGCCACCUCUUUGAAAAUACGCUACCACGUAUACGCGAAGUAAAAGCAUGAAAUUGAAGCACAUCCCCCCACGAAUGCCGUGAAUAUAUAUAGGGCUAGCAUGUAGCAGGCAACUACCACGACGCUGAUACAUAGUUUAACUAGGAAACGAAUGAUAGGAUGAAGACGAGUGAUAGUCUAGCUAGGAAAGAUAGCGUAGCUAGGAAACGAGUGAUUGAUAGGAUGAAAACGAAGGAUCGUCUAGCUGGGAAACGAGUGCUAGGAUGGAGACGAGUGAUAGUCUAGCUAGGAAAGAUAGCGUAGCUAGGAAACGAGUGAUAGGAUGAAGGCGAAUGAUAGUCUAGCUAAGAAAGAUAGCGUAGCUAGGAAACGAGUGAUAUGAUGAAGACGAAUGGUAGUCUAGCUAGGACAGAUAGUGUAGCUAGGAAACGGGUGAUAGGAUGGAAACGAGUGAUAGUCUAGUUAGGAAACGAACGGCCGCGACGAGUUAUAGGAUGAAAGUACGCGAUUAGAACAAGGAAACAAACGCCACAGCUUCCAGGAGCAGGCUCCUACCAAAACGUUGAUAGCUAGCAGAGAUGGGAUGAAAGUACUCGACUAAAACUACGAAUAGUCAGACUCCUUCCAGUAGCAGGCUACUGCCAGAACGAUGAUAGUUAGUAAUGAUAGGACGAAAGCAAAGCACGCGACUAGAGCAAGAAAUGAAACGUCACAGAUUCCAGGAGCAGGCCACUGCCACAACGUUGAUAGUUAGCAAUGAUGGGAUGAAGGUGCGCGACGGACUAGAGCUGCUCUGAGCAAGUAAAUGCCAUAGCCUCCAGUAGCAGGCUACUGCCAAGACGUUGAUAGCUGGGAACCUUAACGGGGUGGGAGUUCAGAGAGACUCCAAAAAAUCAACACUCACCG